AUGUCCGAAAUCAAAUCCGUAGCAAUCGCCGGAGCCAACGGCGUCGUUGGACCCCAUGUCCUCAAGGCAUUGACCGAAGCAGGCUUCCAAGUGACGAUCCUCACACGAUCAAAGAAGUCAGACGCACAGGACUCCAAUGUCAAAGUGGUCGAGGUAGACUACACAUCCGCGCAGUCAUUGACGGCAGCACUCACCGACAUCGACGCAGUAGUGUCCACAGUUGGUCACGAAGCCAUCGCCGCCCAGCAGACCCUCAUUGACGCCGCCAUCGCCGCGGGCGUUAAACGGUUCAUCCCCUCCGAGUACAGCUCCUGCUCGUACAACCCAAAGAUCGAAAACUUGCCGACCUACACCCCCAUGACCCGCAUCAGACAGUAUCUAGACGAGCAGGCAAAGGCAGGAAAGUUGACCUGGACGGUCCUCGCGACCGGUGCGUUUCUGGAAUUUCUGUUUGACCGUCCCACGUUGCUGGACUACGCGAACCACAAGGCGACUUUGUACGACAAGGGUGACAACAGAGUCAGCUCCACGUCUCUACCCCAGGUCGGCAAGGCUGUCGUUGGGGUUUUGAAGAACUUGGAGGCUACCAAGAACAAAAUCGUGAAAGUCUCAGAGGUCAUUUUGACGCAAAACCAGCUGCUGGGCAUCGCGAAGGCACUGAAGCCGGAGAUCAAGUGGGAGACCCAUGAAGUUCCAUGCAGUGUCCUUGUUCAACAAGGUCUGGACGACUUCAAGGCUGGAAACACCGGCAUGCCGGCUGCCAUGAAGGUCCUGGCGGGUACAGCACUUGCUGGCGAUGUCUACGGCUGCGCCUUUGAUGAGAAUGACAACAAGCUUCUAGGUGUCAAGGAGAUGACGGAGGAGAAUUUGAAGAAGCUCGUGGCAAGUAAGCUAUAG